GACGAGGCAGCAGCAAAGGUUGUCGAUGAGGAACGAAGUCAACGACGCGAGAAGAUAUUCAACGGAGAGUGAGCCUUGCUCACAAUGGCAAUGGAUUGGCGGGCCGAGGCCGAGAAUGGUAAAAUGGAAGAGAGUGAAAGCAAGAUCGCUCUACUCCUCUCCCAUUUCACGAAUCUCCCGGCAACGUGCAUUGCACAGCAGGAGGACAUCCACAGUCUCAACGACGCGGUUCAGAUGCACAACCAGGCGUUUGAUCAAGUCAACAGUCGCCUCCAACAGCUGGAGCAAGGACCCGUCACCGCCCCCGAUGCCAGCUCCUCCAACACCUCCGAUCGCCUCAAUGCAUUGGAGAUCGACGUCGGAGCCCUCAACGAUGGCGCGCAGCUACAGCAAACCGCCAUGCAACAACUGGAGCAGCGGAUCUGUGCUGCCACCGCCAACCCGAGUCCAGCACCGCGCGAGACGACUCCAAAGUUCGAUGGUCAGGAGAUCUUCUGCGAUUGGACGAAGACGGACCUGAUUCCGUCGUUCCGCAAGUUCGAGCUUGCAGCUACACCACGUCAGCGAGGACAAGCAUCACGCACAUUCAGAUGGGGCUUCAAGGCCGUCAAACACUACUUCAUCACAAGGUCAUGUCCGGCGUUCGGCAACGCCUUGACUCACGUUGAGGACACCCUGACGACAACGGCGGAGCUCUUCAACAAGGCCUCGCAGAUCAUUGUCACGAACAAGGAGACCAAGAAACUCUACCGUUCGCCUGCGAAAGGCCCGAGCAGAGAUCGGCAUCCGCCGAAAGUGGUCGUGGUCGCGGGGCAACGCCAAACGACCCUUCUAGCGAGGCCGUGCCUGCCAAUGAAGGGGACAGACUCGCAACCGCCCGGGAUGGUGGCCGCCUCGACAAAGGCCGAGGACGCGGCAAGACGCAGACAAACACUGCAUUUAUUCUCGGGCUUGGCACAACAGCUUCAGCCCCGUGCUCCCACUACGGUCUCUCCGAACAAGUGUACAAGGCACGCACGAGAUUCCGCUAUUGUCUGUGGUGUAACAACGAUCUCCACGACACAAUGGGCUGCACGUCGAAAGGCAAAGGCAAAUCGGGAAAUCGAGCACCGUCGGGAGUUACUCGACGACACUCUUGACGCCUUCGAAACCGGUCGCUUCGCGGGUGACCGCCCUUCGUUCUGAGGCACAUGCGGACGUCGAUAGUCCUCCUCUAUUUUCUUAUGCGGACUAUGCUGCCCGACUCG